CGGGCAUGGAAGUUGAGAGCCAAAGAGGGGAGGGGAAAGCGUUGUGGGCAAAGGGCUGGAAAGAGCUACCAGCCGGAACAGGGCCGGAACUUGUAGGUUUUGUAGGAUACUGCAUCUUAUUCUAAGAACAGUGGCAAGCCCUGAGGGGUUAAAAACUCGUUAAUUUAAAAUUUCAAGAUUUGUAUUUCAAAAAAAACUCGGUUGUAGUGAAUGAAGUGGGAGGAGCCAGAGCGAAGACGAGUUGUGUGUGGGUGGGGCAGGCAAGGUGGCAGCAGGGGUGGAGAGGGAGUCAGGACAUGUUUCGGAGAUGGUGUGGGGCGUGGAGGGCUGUGAGGCCAUGGUGGGAGGGAGAAGUGUUGGGGAUGAUUGCUGUGUGUCUGGCAUGAGGAAUUCGGAGGCUAGAGAUGCCGUUUGUCAAAAUGGAGAAUGGAGGAGGGGCAGGCAAGGUUUGAGAUGCUUGAGGGAUGUGCAGGCCUUGCAUUCCUGAGGCCGAGCUCAGAGAGGGGCUGAGCUAGGCAUUUGAGAGUCAUGGAUGUCAGGAUGGCAUUCCACGCUCUCUACCUGGGUUUCAUCAAGGCACUCGGACACUGGAGUGAGAUCCUGCCCACCAUGGCCAGGCGCCCACGGAGCAGCAGAGCGUGGCAUUUUGUCCUGAGCGCAGCUCGCCGAGAUGCGGAUGCCCGGGCCGUGGCUCUGGCAGGCUCCACCAACUGGGGCUAUGACUCUGAUGGGCAGCACAGCGACUCAGAUUCCGACCCCGAGUAUGCAUCUCUGCCGUCAUCCAUCCCCAGCGCCGUGCCUGUGACCGGGGAGUCCUUCUGUGACUGUGACAGUCAGAGUGAGGCCUUCUGCGGCAGCCUGCACGCCGCCCACCGGGGCAGGGACUGCCGCUGCGGGGAAGAGGACGAGUAUUUUGACUGGGUUUGGGAUGACCUGAAUAAGUCCUCGGCCACCCUACUGAGCUGUGACAACCGGAAGGUCAACUUCCACAUGGAAUACAGCUGUGGCACAGCGGCAAUCCGGGGUACCAAGGAGCUGGGGGAGGGCCAGCACUUCUGGGAGAUCAAGAUGACCUCACCCGUCUAUGGCACUGACAUGAUGGUGGGCAUUGGGACAUCGGACGUGGACCUGGACAAGUACCACCACACGUUCUGCAGCCUGCUUGGCCGGGACGAGGACAGCUGGGGCCUCUCCUACACGGGCCUCCUCCACCACAAGGGCGACAAGACGAGCUUCUCCUCCCGGUUCGGCCAGGGCUCCAUCAUUGGCGUGCACCUGGACACCUGGCAUGGGACGCUGACCUUUUUUAAGAACAGGAAGUGCAUAGGAGUGGCAGCCACCAAGCUGCAGAACAAGAGGUUCUACCCGAUGGUAUGCUCCACGGCGGCCAAGAGCAGCAUGAAGGUGAUCCGCUCCUGUGCCAGCAUCACCUCCCUGCAGUACCUGUGCUGCUACCGCCUGCGCCAGCUGCGGCCCGACUCUGGGGACACGCUUGAGGGCCUGCCCCUGCCGCCUGGCCUCAAGCAGGUGCUGCACCACAAGCUAGGCUGGGUCCUGAGCAUGAGCUGCGGCCACCGCAAGCCUCCCGUGCCCUCGCCCACGGCCAGUCCCAGCAGCCCCGAGACCCGGCGCUGCCAAAGGAAGCGCUGCCGAAGGACCUAGCUUGUUUCCCAGUGAAAACUGCCUUCUACAGUUGGGAUGGCGUUUUCUCCAUUUCUCCCUUUGGACCACCCUCCAGGGCAACAGGAGAGGGAGGACUGAACCAAGGUUUGUCUUGGCUGCCCCCCUGCCACCCGAGGCUGGGAGAGGCCUUGCUAC